UCCUUUUCCCCUCCCUUCGGCACCUGCUGCUGCGGCGGCUCCGGCUCCGGCCAUGGGCGCGCUGCGGCCGGCGGCGCUGGCACUGGCGGCUCUGCUGGGAGUCUCCUCUGCUGUGCUGAAGGUGCAGGUGGGGAUGGGCUCGGUGUUCUCUGUGGAAGGGCAGCGAGCUGUGCUGCCAGCCUGGUACAGCACCCGCUCCCAGAAGAAGCCCUACGUCACAUGGCUGCUGAAGAAGGAGGAUGCUGACCCCUUCCAGAUCCUGACCUACCUGGAUGGGAUGGUGAAGGUGGAAGAGACAGAGCUGAAACCCCGUGUGGGCUUCCUGCACCCCAUCCUCACCCACAACAUCUCGGUGUUCAUCAACUCCACCCGGGAGCAGGACUCGGGGCAGUACAUGUGCACGGUCAACGUGGCAGACGAUGUCUUCAGCAUGGGCAAGAACGUGGGCAUCAUCAACCUCACCGUGCUGGUGCCACCUGCAACCCCCUCCUGCCACCUUCAUGGGCAUCCCACCGCCGGAGCCAACGUGACGCUGAGUUGUGCUUCUGAGAAGGGGAAACCCUCUCCCACCUACCAGUGGCAACGGAUGGCCCCCACCCAACAGGUCUUCUUCCCUCCUGCCCAGGACUUGCUCAAGGGCACCCUCAAACUGACCAACCUCAGCCUGGACAUGGCAGGUCUCUACGUGUGUGUGGCUGAAAACCGAGCGGGUGCAGCCGAGUGCAGCAUCGUCCUGGAGGUGCACUCAAGCAGCACCAAAGCGGUGAUCGCCGGCGCCGUGCUGGGCUCCCUGGGAGCCCUCAUCACCAUCCUCUUCUUCACCCAACGGGUCAUUGGCUACAGGAGGAAGAAACGUGAUGGCCAAGAGGAAGUAGCCAACGAGAUCAAGGAAGACGCCAUCGCCCCCAAAACACCGUCGUGGGGGCGGAACACAGCCUUGGACACCAUCUCCAAAACCAGCACCUUGUCCUCCAUCACCUCCCCCCGGGACAGACCCCCCAGGCUCAGCCCCCUGCCCGACACUUACCGGGGACCCCCCUCCUCACACCCUGCUGCUCGAACCACCCGCCCCUGCCCCCCUUCCUCUGCCCAGAACGGCACCAGCCUCCCCCCAGACCCUCUGCCCACCCCUGGCUCCUUGCCCCCGGCCGCUCUGGCACGGGCAGGUGCCAUCCCAGUCAUGGUGCCAGCGCAGAGCCGAGCAGGUUCCUUGGUGUGAGACCCCCCCCUUCCCUCUUCCCACCCAAAACCCUCCCACCCCUCAUUUUUGGGGGUGUUUUUAAUCCCUUUGUUAAGGGGGGGGGUGUUUUCUAGUUACCAAACACCACUGGACUCAUCAUGGGGGUGUUUAAUUGGG